AGUCGAAGUGAACCCCGGACCGUUCUUCCGUUCUUCCGAAGCCGUUCUGCCCACGAGCCCAGAAGACGCUAACACAACCAUGGAGCGAAACAUACCACAUGUUCUCGACGUGUUCUCCUGUUCUCCGAGGGCGAGGAGACGUGUUCACGCGACUGAUCUCGACCAGAUGGCGCGGCAGAUGAAGGAGGCGGCGGACCUCGGCCAGAAGAACCCGGGCAACGACUCCGCCGUGUCCGUUGGCUCCAGCGAGGAGGACGACGAGGCCAGCAUUUCCAAGUACUUUGAUUACCUGAAUGACGACGACCCGAAGAACGGCAGCGUUUCCAGGAGGAAGAAGAAGAAGAAGGGCCAGGGAAGUGGGAAGGAGAACAAUAACCAAGGGGGAGGAGGGAAGGAGAAUAACAAGGAAGGAAAAGAGAAGGGGGGCGGGAAUCACAAUAACAACCACAGUAAUGAGAGCAAGGAUCAGGGCAAGAGAGACCAGUCCUCUGAACGCCAGAGCCGCAAGGGAGAGUACGAGAAGGACAUCAGGCACAUUGAACGCCAUCUGUCCAUGAAGAAGACGAUCCGCAAGAAGAUGAUGCGAGACCUCCAGCAGGCCUUCGUCGAGGACCCCGGGGAGUUCCAGCAGGACCCCAACAGGAUGGCUCCGGAGAAGAAGAACAACAUCGACAUCCGUAAUUUGACCUUUUCCAAGAGUCGCCUCUCCAAGUCUGAACACAACUUCCUCGACAUGCUCAAGGACGAGAAUGCCAAGGAGAAGGAAAAGAAGGACCGCAAGGGGAUUUUGGGAUACAAGAACAACAAGAACAGAGAGUCUUCCAAGGAGGUUUUGAAGGACGAUGACUCAGGCAAUGGGUCGCCGACGAGGGAGCCAUCUAAGGAAGAAAAGGAGGUGGUGAAGGAGGAAAAGAAGGUCGGCUUUUGGAAGAAGCUAACAGGAAAGGGGAAGAGCAAGCGAUGAGGGCUUGUCUGGCAAAGGCGAUCCAACAUAAAACUGACUGUGAUAACCUUCCUGUGCCUAAUGUUUUCUCUUGUGAGCGUCAACUGUUAAUGUUACAUCAUUGUGACUAUUUAUCCUGUUUGUUCUUCCUAUGAAAUCAGAAUCCGUUUUCUUGUUCAAUAAGUAUCAGAUAGAUUUGGGGUGAUUUAUAGUCGAAUACUAAAUAUGAAAUUAUACCACAAUAAAUACAGUUCCUAUUUCCCCUGCAUUCUUUUAUCACAUUAAAACAUUCCAUUUUGGAUAUCGUUCCAUUCACUCACAUCAACCCACAAAUUGUAUUUCAAAAAAUACUCUGGUGGUACUUGCCUUGAGGCAUUUUUUCCUCCCUGUCUUGUCUUUGUCUUGCCUUUUUGUAGGAUUAUAUAAAAUGAAAAACCUUUCUGUGUUGUGUGUAUAUAUUCUGAUUUUUUUUGUAUCGAGGAAAGGGUGUCUAUACAAUUCAGAAUAGUUUUCUAACUACAUUAUGUGUAUGUAAUACAAGUUUUAUAAGGCCUUUCUUGUGUAAUUCAAUAUAUAAUCGAUGCAAAUCAGAAAUGACCAUGGAUAUUGGUAGUUAGAAUAAUAGUUUAGUUUUGCACAUGUGGCUUUAGAUACUUGUUUUUAUGUCUGUUUUUAUACUGUAACCCAUGUAUUUUUGUGUAUCAUAUAAAAGCUGUAGAAUGCUGUUAUUGGGAUUCCAAGGUGUUCAUUCAACCUUUAUGACUCGUUCAUAAAUGUUAUUUUGAAUAUGUGGGAAGAAGAGAUAUUACAAUUCCCAGAUCCCCCCCUUGAAAAAAGGUACUCCCAACUGAAAUUGUUGUCCUUAAAUUAUAUUAUUCAAACAUCCUUUAAAGCAUGAAGAAUAAAGGUAACGCUACAUUUCUCAUGGGAAGGACAAUAGAUUCAGUGGCUGUACUUUUAGCCUGCUGGUGGUGUAGUGCCAAUAGCUGACGCCUGAUUUGUGGUAGGGAUGUUUUAACAAUACGUUUUCUAUGUGAAAGUUGUAUAUAUUUUGUUUGACUUAAAUAGCCACUUCCAUUUGAUGUCACAAUAGAUGAGAUGGAUUGUGGACAUGUCGCAUGAUGAGCAAUUUCACUGUCAGCAAUUAUAAGAACGGUUAAUCACACAGCUUGACAGGAUAUUUGGCAGAGUAUUCAAAUGUAAGGAAAGUGUUUGUAAUUUCCAGAAUGCAUUUUCCUUGAAGCAUAUUGGAAUCUAUUAAUCUGUGAAGAAAUAGGUGGGUAAGUUUUUUGAAAAUGUGAAUAUGUACUUAUAAUCUUGUGCGAGUUACUGUGUGUGCAAAUACAACAGAAUCCAACUUUUUUUAAAGUUGUCUGUCAACAGUUGCAAACUCCACUGAGAAACAAAGAAGUAUUUACCCGAGAUAACCAUUAUGAAUGAAGGGAGUAAAAUGAUAUUCAGUAUUACGUUGCAAGAUGUAAAUGGUGACAGGAGAAAAUUGAAGAAUUCUUGGUAAAUAUUGCUUGUAUGAACAUUCUCUACUUAGAUGGAUGCAAGGAAUGUAGUUACAACAUAUAAACCUUUACCUAAAUAAACCUUUAAUGUCUCAUUAGAAAAUUUUGAUAAUUGGGAGUCAAAUUAUCAACAAAAGAGGCAUGGGACAUGAAGGUUCAAAAUAAAUUAAUUAGAUUAAAUGUCUAGUAAUGUGAUAAUAAUAUGAUAGCCUUUAUUGUACACCUGAGACAGGCUUUAAUUGGACAAGAGAAUAUCUGUUUGGAAUAAAUCCCAAAUUAAAUGGAAUAAUGCAUUCAAGUGUUUCAAGAGUUGCUUUGGAAACUUAUGCUUAUUAAAUAUACAUGGAAAGAGGAAUGAUUAAAAACAACAAAAAAAUGUAUGGAUAGUAGGCUGGCAUUGUUAUGUAGUAUGAUAAUUGUAAAAUGGUGAAUAUAAAUAAAAUCUGCUGUUCAUUUA